AUGGACCAGCAACUCAACACAAAUGGUAGUGACACUACCUCUGGUAACAAUGCUACAACGGCACCUACACCAAUGGAAGGCACCAUGACGACUGCCGACACGACUACGACCACUUCACCCCAGCAGGAACAACACACGACAACCACUUCAUCUGCCAUCAAUGCCGAUCCCGCUACACUUUCCACCCCAGGCAGUGCUCCCGACGCAUCUGAACGCUUGGGUACCGAGGAACAAGAACUAUAUCCAAUCGCUGUGCUCGUUGAUGAGCUGAAAAACGAAGAUGUCCAACAUCGCUUGAAUGCCAUUCAAAACUUGGGCACUAUUGCUAUGGCACUCGGUCCACAAAGAACACGUGAUGAAUUGAUACCUUUUUUGAAUGAUUCGGUGGAUGAUGAGGAUGAAGUGUUAUUGGAGAUGGCUCGAGAACUCGAAAAGUUCACGGAUUAUGUGGGAGGAUCUGAAUAUGCACAUUACAUCUUGACGCCUUUGGAACGAUUGGCUACAAUGGAAGAGGUUUUAGUCCGAGAUAGGGCAGUCGAAUCUCUUUGUGGCAUCGCCUCCGUCUUGAGUCCAACCCAGGUUGAGCUUUACUUUAUCCCACUCGUCAAGCGUUUAACCAGUGGUGAAUGGUUCACAAGUCGUAUCUCUGCUAGUGGUCUCUAUGCUGCUGCUUAUCCAAAAUCCAAUCCCUCUUUGCAAAAUGAACUCAGAAGCUCAUUUGGUCAACUUAUUCAAGAUGAUACUCCCAUGGUUCGACGAGCAGCUGCUAAGGCUUUGGGUGGAUUUGCCAAACAACUCAACAAGGAGCAACUAUUGAAUGAGAUCAUGCCACUCUUCAUCAAGCUUACUGGCGAUGAUCAGGAUACUGUUCGCUUAUUGACUGUGGAGGACCUUGUUCACAUCCCACGCAUGCUUUCACAAGAAGAAAACAAGCAAACGCUGUUACCUAUUCUUAAGACUUUGGGACAAGAUCGAUCAUGGAGAGUGAGAUACAGCGUUGCUUCCCACUUUGCAGAGCUCUGUGAAUCAUUUGGCCAAGAAAUGACGCGGGAAGAGCUCGUGGGAUUGUUUGUCAAUCUCAUUAAGGAUAGCGAAGGAGAGGUCAAAGCGUCUGCCACAGCACAAGCUACGGCCUUCAGUAAAAUGAUCGACGAGAUGACAGUCAUGGACAAGAUAUUGCCUUGCAUCAAAGAUCUGGUAAUCGAUACCAAUCAACAUGUACGUGCUGCUGUGGCAACCAAUAUUUGCGAGCUUGCACCCAUCCUCGGCAAAGAUGUGACCAUCGAAUACUUGCUUCCUUUGUUCCUGCAACUUUUGAAAGACGAUUUCCCUGAAGUGCGACUCAAUAUCAUUUCAAAAUUGGUGAAUGUCAACCCAGUAAUCGGUAUGGAUCGCUUGUCACAAUCAUUACUUCCAGCCAUUGUCGACCUUGCUCAAGAUAAACAAUGGCGUGUUCGAUUGGCUAUCAUUGAAUACAUCCCGCUAUUGGCCUCUGAACUGGGAAUGGAAUUCUUCAACGAAAAGCUCUUUGAUCUCUGCAUGACUUGGCUUGGUGAUGCUGUCUUUUCAAUCCGUGAUGCCGCUACCACCAACUUGAGGCAAUUGGUUGAUAUCUUUGGAUCAGAUUGGGCAAAAAAGACCGUUCUUCCUCGAGUGACCAAGAUGGCUGAAAAUGAAAAUUAUCUUUAUCGCAUGACAAUGCUUUUUGCUCUUACGACAAUGGCGGAAUCACUUUCUCAAGAUGUUAUCAAGGAUACAGUUUUGCCAACGGUCCUCUCUCUCAAAGAUGAUACAAUCCCCAACGUUCGUUUCAAUGUUGCCAAGUCAUUGGAAGUCUUAGUCCCUAUCUUAAAGGCCGACACAUCCUGUGGUAACAUGAUAUCUUCCCAGAUCACACCUGCUUUGCAAAAAUUGAGCACCGACAAUGAUCAAGAUGUGAAGUGGUUUGCCAACAGGGCAUUGCUUUCAGUUCAAUAG